AUGAAAAUCUUAGAUGAAGUGAAUCCAUAUGUUAAGAACUUCAGAUCAGCAGGAGAACGAUUUAAUACUAAUCCUCAAGAAGCUUUUCAUAUGAGGAUCAUAAGUGAUCGUCUAAAGGAUGGCCGAACAUACAACACACCAACAACAUCAGAAGUUGCAGCUUUGAUUCCUAGAGAUUUUAAUCUUGAUAUGGAUAAAAGGGAUAUAGUGCUUCAGAAACAUUCUGGAAAAUUAAUGAGGAUUAAUGAGAUACAUCCCUCAUAUCUAGCACUGCAGUAUCCUCUAUUAUUUACAUAUGGAGAAGAUGGAUUUAGGCUUGGUAUUCAGAAAGGAGUAACAGAAGCUACUAAGAAGCUGAAGAAGCAGACAAUUAGUAUGAGGCAAUAUUAUGCUUUUCGUCUUCAUGAGCGUAGGAAUGAGUCGCACACUCUUUUAUAUGCUAGGCGUCUGUUUCAGCAAUUUGUUGUGGAUGCCUUCACAACUAUUGAGUCUAACCGUCUACGAUAUCUCAACUUUAAUCAGUCAACUUUGCGAUCUGAUAGUUAUGACUCUAUCAAACAGUCAGAGACUGCAGGAAAAAUCGAUAUGCAUGACCAAGGAACUGAAUUUGUGUUGCCAGCUUCUUUCACUGGUGGUCCAAGAUAUAUGAAGAACAAUUAUUUGGAUGCUAUGACCAUUUGUAAGCAUUUUGGAUUUCCGAAUCUGUUCAUCACUUACACAUGCAAUCCUAAAUGGCCAGAGAUCACCAGAUUUCUAGGGAAAAGAAAAUUGAAGGCAGAGGAUAGAUCAGAAAUUUUUUCUAGGAUCUUCAAAAUGAAACUUCAAUCACUCACGGAUGAUUUAACAAAGAAGCACAUUCUUGGGAAGACUGUUUCAUGUAAGUAGAUAUUUUUUAUUUCUUUAAUUUCAGCAUUAGUGUUCGAUUUUUUCCUCUUAAUUGGUUACAUACACUAACUGGUCUUUUAAACCUAAUUUUACAGCCAUGUACACUAUUGAGUUUCAGAAACGUGGUUUGCCGCACGCACAUAUUUUGCUAUUCAUGCAUCCAGAAUUCAAGUUUCCCACCACAGAUGACAUUGAUAAAAUAAUUUGUGCGGAAAUCCCUAAUAAAGACGAAGAGCCAGAGCUAUAUGAUGUGAUUAAAGAUAUGAUGAUGCAUGGUCCUUGUGGAGCUGCUAAUAUGAAUUCACCAUGCAUGGAGAAUGGACAAUGUACAAAGUUAUAUCCCAAACCAUAUGCUGCAAAAACUAGAGUUAAUAGAGAAGGAUUUCCCGUUUACAGAAGGCGCGAGGAGUCUGGAAGAUUUGUGCUAAAGAAUGGGAUGAAAUGUGACAAUCGAUGGGUAAUUCCUUACAAUAAGAAACUAUCUCUUCGUUACCGAGCUCAUAUCAAUGUUGAAUGGUGAAACCAAGCUGGUUCUAUUAAGUACUUAUUUAAGUACAUUAAUAAAGGACAUGACCGUGUGACAGUCGCUGUGGAACCACCUGACCAUGUAGUUAUGAACCAGCUUGAAACCGCAGGAGAAAAUGUAGAAAAGAAAAAUGAAUUCAAAGAUUUCUUCGACUGCAGGUAAUGGACAUUGCUAUAUUUAUACAUAUCACAAAUUCGUUUAUAACUCAUUGCUGGUGAAAUAUUUAGUUAUUUUAAAACAAAUCAUUUUUUGGUAGAUAUGUUUCGGUAUGUGAAGCUGGUUGGAGAAUUUUUCAGUUUCCAAUUCACUUUCGAUCUACAGCAGUUGAGAAGCUUAUUUUUCAUCUACCUGGAAAGCAACAUGUUAUUUUCAGAGGGAAAGAUAAGAUGGAAGCUGUUGUCAAUAGGAAGCGCAUUGAGAAUACUAUGUUCUUAGCAUGGUUUGAGCUGUGUAAAAUUGAUGCGUUUGCUAGAAAUCUCCUCUAUGCCCAAAUUCCCAACUUUUAUACUUACCAAAAGAAGCUAAAGAAGUUUACUAGGCGGAAAAGAGGAUUUAGCAUUGGCAUGAUAAAUUAUGCUCCCAGUAAGCAGGAAGAUGCUUAUUAUUUGCGUGUGUUGUUGAAUGUUGUUAGAGGGCCUACUAGUUAUGAAGACAUUAAAACCUUCAAUGGUGUUAUAUAUCCUGAAUACAAAGAUGCAUGUUUUGCUCGUGGGUUAUUAGAUGAGGAUCAAGAGUACAUUGACGAUAUAGUGAGGAGAAGUUUUGAGAGCUUUGGAUGUGAUCUGCGACAUGUGUUUGUUAUGAUGCUGAAUAAUAAUACCUUAUCUAUGCCAUAAACAGUAUGGGAAAAUACUUGGCAGAUUUUGUCUGAAGAUAUUGAGCAUAAUCGGCAGAUUUAUUUCAACAGACCAGGUUAGAAUUAUGUAUUUUUGUGUUGUGCUAAUUUCAGAAUCUGUUCAAACGAACUUGGACCUAAUUUUUGAUUACAAACUGUGCUAAUUUAGGUUUUUGAUCUUUUUUGUAGAACUUUUGUUAAGUGAUGAGGAGAAAAAGAAGUUUGCUUUACAAGAAAUUGAGAAGCAUCUGAGGCGAAAUGGAACUUCUCUUGCAAACUUUACUUCUAUGCCACAACUUCCUCCUACAGACGAUACUGAUUCAAAUGUUUUGAUAUUAGAUGAGCGGAGUUAUGAUCGUCAAGCACUGGUAGAAACUCUUGAUAGAGACGUUCAGAAGAUGACAGAUGAACAGAGGAAAAUUUUUGAUGAAAUUCUUGAUGCCGUGAAUGAAGAAAGAGGUGGAAUGUUUUUUGUUUACGGAUUUGGUGGUACUGGGAAAACUUUCAUGCAGCUAUUCGUUCUAAAGGAGAUAUUGUUCUUAAUGUUGCAUCAAGUGGAAUCGCCUCUUUGUUGUUAAAAGGGGGAAGGACUUCUCAUUCAAGAUUUGGCAUACCACUUAGCCCUGAUGAGUUUUCUUCGUGUACUAUGACUCCUGGAUCAGAUCAAGCUAAUUUAGUAAAAGAAGCAUCACUCAUUAUAUGGGAUGAGGCCCCUAUGAUGAGUAAGCAUUGUUUUGAAGCUCUAGAUAGGAGCAUGUCUGAUAUUAUGGGGAAGCAUAGAACUAAACCUUUUGGUGGGAAGGUUGUAGUGUUUGGAGGUGAUUUUCGACAGGUUCUACCUGUAAUACAUGGAGCUGGAAGAGCUGAAAUUGUUUUGGCUGCAGUGAACUCUUCUUAUCUUUGGGAGCACUGUAAAGUCUUCAAACUCACAAAGAACAUGCAAUUAUUGUCUGGUGAUUUGACACCAGAAAAUGCACAAGAACUUAAGGAAUUCUCUGAGUGGAUCUUAACGGUUGGAGAAGGUAAAAUUGCAGAGCCUAACGAUGGCGAAGCUGAGAUCGAUAUUCCUGAAGAGUUUUUGAUUAUGGAUUCGGAUGAUCCUAUAGAAGCCAUUAGCAAAGCUGUGUAUAGGGAUAAUGCUUCGUUACAAGAAAACAAAGAACCUAAAUUUUUCGAAGAGAGAGCUAUUCUAUGUCCUACUAAUUAAGAUGUCAACAUGAUAAAUGAAUACAUGUUAGAUAAGCUUGAUGGUAAGAUUCCGUUUUUACUCCUUAACUAAAGAAAAUCUAUUUUUCUUUUUGAGGAAUUUUGUGCUGAUUAAAAAUUAUCAUUCCAGGUGAGGAAAAGAUCUACAUCAGCGCACGUAGUAUUGACUCAAUAGAUAAAAUUUCAAUUAGUGAUGAAGCUCUUGGUCCUGAUUUCCUAAACACUAUUAAGGUGUCUGGAUUACCAAACCACAGUCUUAGACUCAAGGUUGGUUGUCCUGUUAUGGUUCUAAGGAAUAUUGCUCCUACAUAAGGAUUAAUGAAUGGAACGAGGCUGCAGAUCACUCAGCUAAUGGAUUUUAUGGUUGAGGCUAGAAUCAUCACUGGAGAAAGAGUUGGAGAGAUAGUAUAUAUUCCGAGAUUGUUGAUAACACCAUCAGAUACUAGAUUUCCUUUUAAAAUGCGCAGACGGCAAUUACCUUUAGCUGUGUCUUUUGCUAUAACUAUAAACAAAAGCUAAGGACAAUCAUUAUCAGAAGUUGGGCUCUUUCUGCCAAGACCGGUCUUUUCACAUGGACAGCUAUACGUGGCAAUUUCUAGAGUGACGUCAAAGAAAGGUUUGAAAAUAUUGAUUCUGGACAAAGAUGG